UUCCUUUCCCAUGAGCCAAAGCUGACUAUUCUAAUCACUUCACGUGUUUACUGUACAAAAGAUUUGCUUUCUUUUGGAAAGAUGAUUUAUUAUCAUUUGUAAAUCUCAUAGUGGACAAUUCGAUUAAACCAGAUCGUGAAAGGUAUGCUUUCUGUUAGGAGAUUCAUCUACCAAGUAAGAUUUAGUUUAAAUACAAUGUCUGGGGCCGUUCAAAAUGGACAACCCAUCCUCAAACGUCCUGGAGUGGGACUUGGGAUUCUUGUGACAGACUUCUCCAAUCCAGGAUGUGUCCUGUUAGGAAAAAGAAAAACCAUAGUUGGGAAAGGCACCUACCAAUUACCAGGAGGUCACAUUGAAUUCGGAGAAACUUGGGAGGAAUGCGCCCAGAGAGAGGUGAUGGAAGAAGCUGGCAUCCGACUGAAGAACAUUCGCUUUGCAUCUGUCGUCAACUCCAUCAAGCUGGAGGAAAAUUACCAUUAUGUCACAAUCUUCAUGCAGGGAGAAAUAGACAGGUCUUUCACUGCUGAACCAGUUAAUUUGGAGCCGGAGAAGAAUGAAGGUUGGACAUGGAUGCGGUGGGAAGAUUUCCCCCCUGAAGAGCAGCUAUUCUUGCCAUUAGCCAACCUGAGGCAGCAGGACUUUCAGCCAUUUAAAAAGAGUUAAAAGGAUUUUCUGUAAUUAAGAAAUCAACCUUAUCACUUCCUGACUUGUCCUUAUUCAGGAUCAGGUGAACUGAACUCACCCUAGGUCUUUUCUCACUCAUUUUGUCGAAAGGACACAUGCCCUGACCUUAAGCUGUUAGAUUGACAUUCUGUACUUUCAUAUUGACUGUUAUGUGUAAUUAAUUACUGAAUGUUAUUCCAGCUUCUCAAUAUCCUGUGAUUUUAUUGAACACACAUGUACUAAGUUACACUGCUGCUCAGAAAUGUGGGAUUAGGAAGUUUUUAAUGGUUUUUAAAGUCAUUUCUUAUGCUCAUCAAGGCUGUAUUCAUUUGAUCAAAAAUACAGAAAAAAAUGAAUAUUGUGAAAUAUUAUUACAAUGUAAAACAAUGUUUUUUUUAUAUAUUCAUAUACAUUAAAAUUUUAAUUUAUAUCUGUAAUUAAAGUUGCAUUUUUAGCAUCAUUACUCCAGUCUUCAGUGUCACAUGAUCUUUCAAAAAUCAUUCUAAUAUGCUGAUUUAUUAUCAGUGCUGGAAACAGUUGUGGUUAAUAUAUUUUUUUGGAACCUCCGAUAUUUUUUUCAGGAUUCUUUGAUCAAUAAAAGGUUAAAAAAAACAGCAUUUAUUUAAAAUAGAAAGUUUUUCUAACAAUACACACUAUGGAUCAAAAGUUUGGGGUCAGUAAAUUUUUCUUCUUUUUUUUUUUUUUUUUUGAAAGAAAUUAAUACUGUUAUUCACUGUGUUAAAAUAAUAAAAAGUGAUAGCAUUUACAUUGCUAGAAAAGAUUUAUAUUUUGAAUAAAUGUUGUUCUUUUUAACUUGUUAUUCAUCAAAGAAUCCUGAAAGAAACACAGGUUCCAAAAAAUAUUUGGCAACACAACUGUUUCCAACAUUGAUCAUUCUAAUAAUAAAUCAACAUAUUAGAAUUAUUUCUGAAGGAUUAUGUAACACUUAAAACUGGAGUAACAGCAGUUAAAAAAAUUCUGCUUUGCAUCACAGGAAUAAAUUAUAUUUUAAAGUAUAUUAAAAUAAAACCCAUUAUUUUAUAUUGUAAAAACAUUGUGCAAUAUUACUGUUCUUUCUGUAUUUUUGAUAAAAUAAAUGCAGCCUUGAUGAGCAUAAGACACUUCUUUAAAAAAAACAUUAAAUCCCAAACUUUUGAGCGGUAGUGUAUAUCUAAGGCUAUUAAGAUAUUAGGUCUUAUCAGUCAUGUAUUUAUUUUGGUCUGUAUACAGCAUGUUAUAGGUGAUGUUAGGUUAAAAUAUUUAUAUAACAGUUUACAACAGUCAAAUUUGUUAACACUACUGAAUUAAUUCAGCUUAAUGCUAAUUUCUACAUAUACAUGUUCAUAUUUCAAAUAAUACAUAAAGGUAACCUUAUUAAUAAUAAAUUGAAUCUUAUUGUAAAGUGCUAGCAAUAUUUCAUAAUAACUUCCGCAGACAUAAAUGACUCUAACCGUUCCCAUCAGACAACACCCUUUACCUUUGUAAUACUACUGCAAGGAUUUCGUAACAUAUUAUUUUUCCACAUAAACCUUACGUGCACUCAGAUAAGCAUUACCUGGUAGGUUGGACAGUCUGUAUUUUUUAACCACGCCCCCUUUCCGUGAACUAAUUAUAUUAUAUUAUAUUAUAUAUUAUAUUAUAUUAUAUUAUAUUAUAUUAUAUUGAAAUAUAAGUGUAUUAAAAAAGAAACGAUGGUUUUUGAACGAUGAUGGAAACAGCGCCCCCUUUCUGUCCAUUGAUGAACACACACUCUGAAUCCGAUCGGUUCGAGCUAAAUGCGCCACAGCAAGUUGUGAAGCCGCAGAGUACAGAGAGGUCGUCGGCUUUGUCAAGCUUUCGCUAUAGUUCGGUGAAAAAAAAGGCAUAGACAAACAUGGUGAAACUCGCUUUUAACUCCGCACUCGGACAGAAGGAUUUAAAAAAAGAGGAGAAGGAUGAAGCUUUGAUCCCUCAA